CGUCACUUUUGACACAUGGCAUCGUCAGCUGUUUUUGUGAUUUAGCUUAAAGUGGUUUUUUGUCCAGCGUUGGGAAAUUGCACAAAAAACAACUAAAAUAUUAAGUGCGUAUAAAUAUAAACAAACGUGAUAAGUGCGAAAUUAUAGCGCAGCAACAAUCACCACAACUCAAUCAGCCAUUGAAUGCAUGUAGAGCGGUGAAGCGUUUUAAACGAAACGCCAAUAGAGCACAAUAUCAUGAGCUACGAGGAAGACGACUAUCACGUGGACACGUUCCCAAAGGACUUUGGUUAUGGGUCAUUCGAUCAGGAUGGCUUAGACGCUCCCGGUAUGGGCGGUGGUGAAUCGAAGCCUCGCAUCCUGCUAAUGGGUUUGCGUCGAUCCGGCAAGAGUUCAAUACAGAAAGUGGUCUUCCACAAAAUGUCACCAAAUGAGACACUAUUUUUAGAAUCAACGAGCAAAAUCGUGAAGGACGACAUUAACAAUUCCAGCUUUGUGCAGUUUCAGAUAUGGGACUUUCCAGGACAAAUAGACUUCAUAGACCCUACAUUUGAUUCCGAUAUGAUUUUUGGUGGUUGCGGUGCUUUGGUGUUUGUAAUCGAUGCCAAGGAUGACUACAAUGAAGCACUAACGAAGUUCAAAAACACCGUUAUAAAGGCAUAUAAAGUAAAUCCGCGAAUUAAAUUUGAAGUCUUCAUACACAAGGUCGAUGGUAUUAGCGAUGACUCAAAAAUGGAAUCACAGCGUGACAUACAUCAGCGCGCCUCAGACGACCUGAGCGAUGCAGGUCUUAAUCAGAUACAUUUAAGUUUCCAUCUAACUUCCAUUUAUGAUCACUCAAUAUUUGAAGCGUUCUCCAAAGUAGUGCAAAAAUUAAUACCACAGCUACCGACGUUGGAAAAUUUGCUGAAUAUUUUUAUAUCGCAUUCAGGUAUCGAAAAAGCGUUCCUCUUUGAUGUGGUUUCGAAAAUCUACAUCGCCACCGAUUGUUCGCCAGUGGAUAUGCAGAGUUAUGAGCUCUGCUGUGACAUGAUCGAUGUGGUCAUCGAUCUCUCAAGCAUCUAUAGCUCCGAAGAAACCGCCUUUGAUCACGAAAGCUCUAGUCUCAUUAAGCUUAAUAACAAUACGAUUUUUUAUUUGCGGGAAGUAAAUAAAUUCCUUGCAUUGGUCUGUAUAUUACGCGAAGAGAAUUUUAAUCGACAAGGUGUGAUCGACUAUAAUUUUCUGUGCUUCCGCAAGGCGAUCAGCGAAGUUUUCGAGUUGCGCAUGAAAAGCCAGAAACUUGAGACUUUGGACGAGCAAAUUGAACCAGAAGAUGUGGCGGACGAGGAUGAAGAUGAGCUUGUAGCGCGCGUAAAUGAAAACCAUUUAAAUUAAUUGUACUAAAAACGCCGACCAAAAAAAAACAAUUGCUUGUGAUUAUUUUGUCCUAUCACAUUGUUUUUACCUAAUCUAAGAUAAUUGAACAAACAACCACAGCAACAAGCAAAUAUAUAUAUAAUGUACAGGAAGUUUACUCUUUUGUUAAGGAAUUGUAUUUGAAAUAAUCCUAAUUAUAUCUACAUAAAUAUGUAUGUUGCAAACGUUACGGCGCACUUAUUAUCCACACUUUUUUAUACUUACUGAAGUUUAUACUUGGACACGGGUACAAGAAAACUUCACUUUUUCACUCCUAUAUAACCACAUAUUUUUUUGUUUUAAUGUGCCUUUAUUGUGACUAUUAUUUCUUUAUGCUUAUCCCUUACAGUUAUACUAAAUGUUUUAUAUAAUAAUUUAAAACCUCUAUUUUUUAAGAUAAGAAUAAGAAAGCACUCAAUAUUGUUUCAAAACCCAAAGCCUUUACCAGUGUAACAAGAGAAAUGAUGAAGAAAACGCUGACCUUUUACCAGGAAAAGUUGUAAUAUUGACAUUUUUAUACUAGCUUACAAAUUUUGUAGAUCAUGCAUUGUGAAAAAGAAGAGUUGUGGCUGUAUUACUUUUGUUAUCUAUAAAAAUAAAAUGUUUAAAAUAUAGACUUCCUUUAUAAUAAAAAAAUAAUAAUAAUAAUAAUUAAAAA